AUGGCAGCCAACGGCAACGGGCACGCCACCGACACUGGUGCCGCAGAGGGCCAUCCGUUCCUCGGUCGGGAGCUGCGUGUUGAGCUGACAGAUGGACGCAUCAUCAUCGGUACUCUCAUCGCCUACGAGGGCAGUGGUGACCUGCUGCUACAGACUGCUGUCGAGCAGCGUGUCUUCAAAGAUGGCGAAGUCACGAUGCGCGGGCUGAACCUGCUCGCCAUCCCCUUCAAGCACGUGAAGGGGCUGCACCGCCGUCAGCCGGGGUUGAAACCGAUCGUGCUCACCAGGGGCGAGGUCGAAAAAGAGACACCGGCGUUGGUGAUUUAA